GGUGAGGGCCGCGGGGACGGCGGGGGCGCGGCAGAGACGGUGGGUGCAGGCCACGGGACACGAGGACGGCGGGCCGCGUCCAGGCCGCCCACGGGUUCUCGUCGAGAGCUCUGCGCGCGUGGAGUGAGCGUCCGUCCUCCUGAGCCGUGCCCAGCAAGCUCUCGUCCUUGCAGGACCCCUUCUCCCGACAGCUGAGGGGGCGGCUUCAGAGGCCACGGCAUGGACCAGCGGGAGCCGCCUCAACCACCCGCUCCUGAAGAAAACGACGUGCAGUACGAUCCCAAUAACAAUGAGGAGGACGAGGGGGAACAGUUCGACUUUGACAGUGGAGACGAAAUCCCAGAAGCCGACAGACAGGCCCCCUCCGCGCCUGGCGCAGGGACCUCGGCUGUGGAGGAGGCGGCCUCCCCGCCAGGAGGGGAAGACGGAACCACAGGGGACAGCAUCGCUGCAGCAGAACCUGUUCAACUCAUGGUCCCGGUGAAAGUGAACCCGUAUUCCGUUAUCGACAUCUCGCCGUUCCAAGAAGAUCCCCCGCCAAACCCAGACGGCAGCGUGGAGGAGGAGGGUGCGGGUCUGGUGGUGCCCAGCGGGUACGCGGUGCCCGUGCCCUGCGGCUACGCCGUCCCCUCGAGCCUGCCCCUGCUCCUGCCCGCCUACUCCAGCCCGGUCACCGUGCGCGCAGUGUCGCUAGACGAGGAAGAGACACCAGAAGUCACAGAAGACCAGCAGUCUAAUUCUCUAAGCUCCGAGGACCCUCCAAACAGUGAGGACCACGCGGGCAGAGACGGCAGCACGCUGGCACAGUGGGCAGCGGAUCCGGCCAACACAGCCUGGAUGGAGAGGUUUGAGGUCCCCCUUUCUGUGGCAGACCCCGAGGAGGCCAUCUACGACGACGUCCCGAGGGAGAACUCCGACUCCGAGCCAGAUGAGACGCUUUACGACGACGUGGAGAACGGGGACGAGGGCGGCAACAGCUCCCUGGAGUACGGCUGGAGCUCGAGCGAGUUCGAGAGCUACGAGGAGCAGAGCGACUCCGAGGGCAAGAACGGGAUGCCCAGGUCCUUCCUGCGCGGCCACCACAAAAAGCAACUGUCCCACGACCUGAGCCGGCUCAAGGAGCACUAUGAGAGGAAGGUGAGGGAGCUGAUGGCCAGCGCCGUGGGCGCCGUGGAGCUCCAGCAGCUGAGGCAGAAGCAGGAGCUGAAGAUGCAGAAGCUCAUGAGGGCAGCCAGGGAGGGCACCAAGGACGGGCUGGAGAAGACCAAGGCGGCCGUGAAGAGGGGCCGCUCCUUCAUCAGGACCAAGUCUCUCGUCUCGCAAGACCACAGGUCCUGUCUGGAGGAGGAGCAGAACCUGUUCAUCGAGGUGGACUGCAGGCACCCGGACGCCGUGCUGACGCCCAUGCCUGAGGGUCUGUCCCAGCAGCAGGUGGUGAGAAGAUACAUCCUGGGCUCCGUUGUUGACAGCGAAAAGAACUACGUGGAUGCCCUGAAGAGGAUUUUGGAGCAAUACGAGAAGCCGCUGUCGGAGACGGAGCCGCGGGUGCUGAGCGAGCGGAAGCUGAGGACAGUGUUCUACCGCGUCCGCGAGAUCCUGCAGUGCCACUCGCUGUUCCAGAUGGCGCUGGCCAGCCGUGUGGCCGAGUGGGACUCCGUGGAGAUGAUCGGGGACGUCUUCGUGGCUUCGUUCUCCAAGUCCAUGGUCCUGGACGCCUACAGCGAGUACGUGAACAACUUCAGCACAGCUGUGGCCGUGCUCAAGAAGACGUGCGCCACCAAGCCCGCCUUCCUGGAGUUUCUGAAGCAGUGCCAGGAGGCCAGCCCCGACCGGAUCACGCUCUACAGCCUGCUGAUGCGGCCCAUCCAGCGCUUCCCGCAGUUCAUCCUCCUGCUCCAGGACAUGCUGAAGAACACGCCCAAGGGACACCCGGACAGGCUGCCCAUCCAGAUGGCCCUGACGGAGCUGGAGACGUUGGCGGAGAAGCUGAAUGAAAGGAAAAGAGACGCCGACCAGCGCUGUGAGAUCAAGCAGAUAGCGAAAGCCAUCAAUGAAAGAUACCUGAACAAGCUUCUCAGCAGCGGAAACCGAUACCUCAUCAGAUCCGAUGACAUGAUAGAAACGGUUUUCAACGACAGGGGAGAAGUCAUCAAGACCAAAGAGCGCCGCCUCUUCAUGCUGAACGACGUGCUGAUGUGCACCACCGUCAGCUCCCGCUCCUUGCAGGAGAGCAGCGCCGUGGCCAGCCAGAGGUACCUGCUCAAGUGGAGCGUCCCCCUGGGCCACGUGGAGGUGAUGGAGCACCGCGCCAGCCACGGCGCGGGCGAGCAUGGCAGGUUCCCCAUCGCACACCCGCCCGAGAGCCUGGCGGUGGGUGCCAACGUGAAGCCACACAAAGUUUACAUGGGGCCGGGACAGCUGUAUCAAGAUUUACAGAACCUGUUGUACGACUUAAAUGUCGUUGGUCAAAUCAGCCAGCUGAUAGGAAGCCUUAAGGGACACUACCAGAACUUAAACCAGUCAGUAGCCCAUGAUUGGACCUCAGGUUUACAAAGACUUAUUCUGAAGAAAGAAGAGGAGAUCAGAGCUGCGGACUGCUGCAGAAUCCAGUUACAGCUCCCAGGGAAGCAGGACAAGUCCGGGCGACCCACCUUCUUCACGGCUGUCUUCAACACCUUUACCCCCGCCAUCAAAGAAUCCUGGACCAAUAGCCUGCAGACGGCCAAACUUGCCCUUGAGGAGGAGAACCACCUGGGCUGGUUCUGCGUGGAGGACGAAGGGAAUCAGAUUAAGAAGGAGAGGCACCCUCUGCUCGUGGGACACAUGCCCGUGAUGGUGGCCAAGCAGCAGGAGUUCAAGAUCGAGUGCGCCACCUACAACCCCGAGCCCUGCCUGAGCAAGGACGGUCAGCCGGACUCCUCCACAGCGCACGGCUUCCUGUGGAUCGGGAGCUGCACCAACCAGAUGGGCCAGAUCGCCAUCGUCUCGUUUCAAAACUCCGGCCCCAAGGUCAUCGAGUGCUUCAACGUGGAGUCCCGCAUCCUGUGCAUGGUGUACAUCCCGGCCGAGGAGGAGCGCAGAGAGCCCGGCCCCGCCUGGGACCCCGAGCCCCCCGCCUCGAGGGCUGGCGACACCCCCACCGUCUGCGUAGGGGCGGAGGAGGGAAGCAUCUCCGUGUACAAAAGCAGCCAAGGCUCCAAGAAAGUGAGGCUCCAGCACUUCUUCGCGCCCGAGAGGUCCACAGUCAUGAGCCUGGCGGGCUCGCCGUGCAGUCUGUACGCAGGCCUGGUGGACGGCGCGGUGGCCGGCUACGCCAGAGCCGCAGAUGGAACCUGGAAUUCCGAACCUCAGAAAGUGAUAAAACUCGGCGUCCUCCCGGUCAGAAGUCUGCUGCUGGUGGAAGACACGCUCUGGGCGGCCUCCGGGGGCCAGGUGUUCAUCAUCGGGGUUGCGACGCUUGCUGUGGAGAACCAGCUGGAGGCACACCAGGAGGAGGGCAUGGUGAUCUCGCACAUGGCCGUGGCCGGCGUCGGGAUCUGGAUCGCCUUCACCUCGGGCUCCACACUCCGCCUCUUCCACACCGAGACACUGGAGCACCUGCAGGAUGUCAACAUCGCCGCGCCCGUGCACAACCUGCUGCCAGAAAACCAAAACAGCUUGCUCCCUCUGGCUUGGAAAGUGUGCCGCCGCUCUGCGGCGGGGCGGGCGUGUCCUGAGCACGUGCUGUGGAGCGAAUGUCUGCUGCAGGGCUCGCCCUGGCUGUUGGGAGGAACCCAAGUCACAUCAGCGGAUUGCCGGAGCACGGCCCGGCCCGGCCCGGCCCGGCCCGGGAGUGCCGAGCGCUCCAAGCUCCCCGUGCGGCGGCAGGCGAGGAGGCUGCUUUGAGGAAGCAGUGUCUGAGCUGCCCUGGUGCAGGCCGCCCCCAACGCCCAGGCCGGGCAGCCCCCAGUUGCCGUGUUUCCGGAGCUCUGAGCCAGCCAACCAAAAUGCAGUGGCCACCCCAGGACCCUUGGUAUUUAUUUAACCCUCUCCACUUGUGAUCAGAAAGAAACUCGUAAGGGGAAGGGAAGGCAAGCACACAUGGUGGAGCUUGUACUUGACAAUACCAAGCAGCACUCAAGGCCCAGGCUGCAAGGACAGAGCAGGGCAGGCACAGCUGCGCUCGGGGGCCCUGUCCCCACUGUGGCCUCCCCGAUGUCGUCUUUGACUUGCUCCCGUGCAAGAGACAGGCAUGAUCACCGGCGUCCCUCUGGGCACAGACCCAGGCGGGCUCACACGCCGACCGGUCCGCCCACCACUGGGACCAGAAGCAGCAUGCAGGAGACCUCGGCCUGGGCCAGCCCUGCCCUCUGGUAGAGCCAGCACUUAGCGGCAGCGGCAGUUUCAACAGCGAAGUUGUCUGCGGCUGAUCUGCCGAGUGCGAUCAUCACGCUGUUGCUGUUGCUGGAAUAUAAAAUUAAAGCAGGUUCUGCAAAUGAAGACCUGCCAAGCCAAAAAGAACAGAACUUGAAAAGGAAAGAAAUGACACUCUAACUCCCACCUUCUUUUACAAGUUGACAAAACUCGAUUCAGUCUUUUCCCCUCCUCAGAGUUCUCAGACGCUCGAACCUACAGCUAAAUGCAGGGUCUUUUCCUCCUGUUGGGAAUUCACUUCUGAAAACGAUUAGCUCGAGUUCUUUCACAUAAACCACGUAAAAUCUGACACAGGCCAACAACCGGUGGUGAACCAUUCUGUGAUCAACGCACGCGUUUUUAGCGGAGUCGCUGAAGCUCUAAGUUGCAAAGGAGCAGAGUUCAUAGCCAGUGAGUUGAAAGGGCUGCAUCCGUUCCCAGCUGUGACAGCCGAGAGUCAACUCCUCGCUGGUGCAGAUGUUUCCUGCUCUGUCCAGAAGGCCACAGGUGGAGUUGCUGUGGAAAAGUUGGAGACCCCGUUAAAUGCAGCCUCCGUGACCUGUUGAGCGAGUGUGGGGCCUCCGGAAGGCCUGGCCAAGUGAGCUGCAGUCUGGCUCUUAAGAAAAGCAAGUGACCUUCUGAACACCUAGACCACACUGUGAGGACUGAGGACGCUGAGUUAAGGAACAAGGUUGGGGACUUGGGUGCCCCCUCCUCUCCUGGCCUCGGCGUCCUCCGGGGCUCGCCAGUGGCCUGUCCCUGCUCUGUCCAGAGGUUUAAGUUAUGGGGUGAAAAGGCGGAGAGCGGAUCCCCUUGUAGCUUUUCCUGCCAUGCUUUGAGGACCUGCUUGCUGCCGCCUUUCCCCGUCCUGCGGCGAGUUUAUCGGAAGCGCUGCAUUAACCCAGCCGUGCAGCUCACGCCCGCGCCUCCGGGUCCGCGCUGUGCCCGGAGCGCGUCUGCUCUCUGCGCGUCAGCUGCGCGUGCAGAGACAAGAGCACGCCCUCGGUCCCCGCUUUGCGUUUGUAACCCAUCUGUAAACUCUCCCUGCGGCUUGUCCUGCGCCCCUGCGUCACCUGCCUCCCGCCCCCUAGGAGGCCCCGCAGCAUCGUGCGCGAUCGCCGCUGGCGCUUCUGGACGGACACCCGUGCGGCUCACAGUCCCGCAUCCUCCGCGGCUGGAAACUGUCGGCCGUGAUUGUGUCCGCUGGGCUUUCCUGUGUGAAGUUAAAGGUGCAUCGUAGACAACCCUGAAAAUGGAAUUUAAAAAUUCCCUGGAGCUGUAUCAUUUUCUUUAGUUUCUGAGCGUGUUAGCAAAAUUAACAUCUGGGUUUUGCAGUGGCGCAAGAGCUGGCUCCACAGGAGCCUCCCCGCCUUUCACGCGCUUGCUCCCGCAGGCGACCUUCUGUGACCCAAGCUGUUCCUAUCGUGCGACCUCUCUAGAAAGACCCCAUUCUGAGGAAGGAGUUUAUCCACAGAGGCUCUAGAAGGUUCCCCAGAUUCUGCUACACAUGAGUUAGGUAUAAAAUCUGGGGACGUGAUGAAAAUCGAGAUUUCCUGGAAUCUGUUGUUUACGUGCAAAGGGAGGGGGGAAAAUUUAUCAGGAGAAUAAAUGAUCAUUUUCAAAGUGUGUUUCUGAAUGAAAAUGAGUAGCAAUGUUUCAUCCCUCCUAAUUUGGCAGUGAGUUUUCUCCCACGUUUUUGUUAGCAGCUGGAAAUACUUAAGGGUCCUGUCUCUGGGAUGAAAUUACAUUAUAAAGAUCUGUCUUAUCAACGGAAAAAAGCCAAAGUUCGUAAAAUAAUUUAAAGAGAUUUAUUCUGAGCCAAAUUUGAGGACCAUGACCCAGAGCCACACUCAAGAAGCCUUGAGCAGUGGACUCAGUGUUGCUGGGUUAUGGUUUGGUUUUAUACAUUUCAGGGAGACAGGGUUACAGGUAAAGUCAUAAGUCAAUACGUGGGAGGCAUACAUUGG